UCUCCAGCCCUGAAGAGUUUGAGUAUUAUCUACGGGCCAGGUUCAAAGCCAGAUCUAGCCAGCUGGUAACCAUGAGCAAAUGGAUGAAGAAAAGCCCCUUAGAAUGGGAAGAUUACGUUUAUAAAGAAGUGAUGGUGAUAGCCUGUGAGAAGGAGUAUAAAGGAUGGCUUCUAACCACAGACCCAGUCUCUGCCAACAUUGUCCUCGUAAACUUCCUUGAAGAUGGCAGAUUGUCUGUGACUGGAAUCAUGGGCCACUCUGUGCAGACUGUGGAAACCAUAAGUGAAGGGAACCACAGAGUACACGAGACGCUGAUGCAUGUAUUUGCAUCUGGAGACUGUAAAGGAUACAGCCCUGAGGAUCUGGAAGAGAAGAGGACCAGCGUCAAGAAAUGGCUGGAGAAGAACCACAUCCCUGUCACCAAGCAGGGGGAUGCACAAAGGACUCUCUGUGUGGCUGGGGUUCUGACUAUAGACCCACCAUAUGCUCCAGAAAACUGCAGCAGCUCCAAUGAGAUCAUUCUGUCCCGAAUUCAGGAUCUUAUUCAAGGACAUCUUUCAGCUUCCCAGUGAGAGGCCAAGCACUGUGAACAUGCUGGCUUCACUGUUUGGUUUUGUAUUCAAUUCUUCCAAUGUAAGUUGAUUAUAUUACAAGACAUCAGAAGCACAUGAGGGUUAUAGGUGUGUGUGUGUGUAUUUUAAGGUUUUGUUCAGGUCAGAUCAGAUGAGUAGAUCAUGAGUGCUGGGUUCCUUAGGAAUUGAAGGUACAAGAGCAGUGCCCCUGUGAAAAUAACACAGGGAAGUCAGAUUUGAAAGGAGCUUUUCUUGUGUGUGAUUUAAGAUAAAAUGCCCUUUUUUGUGAGACAAGAAUACAUUUUGAAUAGGUAUAACAAUGAAAUAAAUUUAUAAAUUUC